CCAUAUUGCAACAGACAAUUCGAGUUCCAGGACAUUCGCUAAAUAUUUUUGUAGCCAUAUAGAAGCCAUUAUUGCCGGAUUAAUUCAGGUGAUUUAAAGACCCAUAAGGCACAAUGAUGAGAUGUAACAUGGUUUACAUUUUUGCAAUCAUGACAUGCAUAUAUACUUUUCUAUUUGGAACAGAGACAGCAUAUCGCCAAGCAGUCUUUACAACACUUGAAAAACGAUUCCACUAUAAAACAACCAUUCUCGGAUUUAUCUAUAGCUGCUAUGACAUUGGAUAUAUCUUUGGGACCAUAGUUUUUGGGGCCAUAGGUCAUAAAUUCAAGAAAGUACCACGCUUAAUUCAAGCCUGUGGUUAUGGACUUUGUUUGUCAAGCUUCUUAUUUUUCUUGCCACAUAUCAUAUUUGGCGCUGAGGAACUACCUAACGAUAGCAUUGGAAAUAGCACACAUGAGUUCGGAUAUAACAAUAGGAUACAUCUCUGUGAUUCUCCCAGCAAAGUAACGAUCAGCAACUUGAUUUCAAACAAAACAUCAAACUCAAACAACCAUCUUGAAGAAUGCAAGGAUAACAGUCUAAAUGGAAAUCAACUAGAGCAGGGGAUCACAGGAUUUUUUUUGGUGUUUGCAAAGAUAGCGAUAGGUUUCAAUCUAGUUGCCAUGCUAAAUGUUUCAAUCUCAUACAUUGACAAACUUCUAAGACAACAGGGCACCUCCAUAUAUAUAGCAUGUAUAUGGAGUUCUGGUUUCUUUGGCUACACAGCAGGAUACCUUCUUGGUGCAUUGUACACAAGUUACUACAUAGAUCUAUCAGAUGUCAACCUUGAUCAGGAUGACCCAGCGUGGGUUGGGGCAUGGUGGCUAGGCUCCGUGACAAUAUGUUGCGUGUGCUUCAUACACUCCGCCCUAUAUUUCCUGAUACCCAGUCAAAUACCAAUACUAAACAAUACAGAUGAAGACAAAGCAUAUGAACUUAAACAUACUGAGACAGAAUUAACAAAUAUCAAUGCUCUGAGUUAUGGAAAUGAUGAAGAGAAAGAAAGAAAAUUGAGAUCGACAGAUGAGAAGGAAAAAAUGAUUGAACCUGAAGUUGAUAAUGAAGAUGAUGACCACGCAAAUGCAAAAGAGAUGGGCCUUAAAGCAGAUGAUGAGGGAAAUGCAGACAAAGAAUUCAAAGUGUUGUCCAAUGUGAAACAACUGCUUCAGAAUCCUGUGUUAAUGGGAUUGGUGAUAGGGAAUUGUUCUCCUGUGUGGGUCUAUGGCAUGUAUGGCACAACAUUUCUACCAAAAUAUCUGGAGACUCAAUUCCAAAUGACAGCAUCAAUGGCGAAUAUAUUUGCAGCUAUUAUGGCUGGAGCAGGUUGUACAACAGGGAUGAUUCUGAGUGGUGUCAUACAGUUGAAGUUCAAGUUAACAAUGAGGCAGAUGAUACUGUUGACCAUAGGUGGCGCUCUAACUAGUCUCAUUAUAGUCUUAUUGGUUAUUGCACUCUCAUGCGAUCUAAAGCCAUUGGCUGGGACUGUUGUUGAUGGAAGCCUAGAUGUUAACAUGGAGUGUAUGUCCCACUGUUCCUGUGAGUUGAAUCUUCUCCCAAUAUGUGUUGAUGGCCAUACUAAUUAUGCGAGUGCUUGCCAUGCUGGCUGCAUGGAUACUAAUCUAGUUGAUGGAGUUCAGAUGUACAACAACUGCAGUUGUCUCCCUAACAACAGCACAGUUGUUGAUGGAUGGUGCAAGAGUGACUGUGUUCCCAUGGUUGCAACAUAUAUUGUUUUAUGUUUUAUCCUAUUGAUGACAGUAUGUGGUACCAAUGUGGUGUUCCCAACUACAUGUGUGCUCUUAUUGGUGGACUCAAAACAAAGCAAUUUAGCUCUUGGAAUUUUAAUGGUUUUCACAUGUAUGCUUGGCUGGUUUCCUGGGCCUGUAGUGUACGGCAGUGUGAUUGACUCAACAUGUUUGCUAUGGGAUGUUAAAUGUGGCCAGAGGGGGAACUGUUUGGUGUAUGAUGUAACACAAUACAACUAUCGUUACAACAUCCUGACGGCUCUACUCCAGUUAACUGCGAUAGCAGCUAACAGCUUUGCUUAUUACAAGUGGCAGAAAGGAGCCAGAGACUCUAAUGAUAAAAUCAAUGAAACAAAUGCUUGAAAUGCACCACCUACAAACAUAAUUGAUAUGUUUUUACAUUUGUACUCAGAUACAGGGUUCUCACUGGGCUUUUAGACUUCGUAGAUUCUCUAAUCUAACCCCCUGGCUCCAGAGUCUAAUAACUUUUCCAGAGUCUAAAGUGUUUUUUCUGGAGUCUAAUUUUU